GAAGUGGGCGUGUCUAGGCGGCAUGUUGUCGGAGCGGCGCACACUCGCUUGUUUGUUGGUAUAAAGAGGUUGGAAGAGGUUGUCUAAAUCUUAUUAAAAAAAAAAAAACAUGAACGCACCUCCAGCCUUCGAGUCCUUCCUGUUAUUUGAAGGAGAGAAAAAAAUCACCAUAACCAAGGAUACGAAAGUACCCAAUGCCUGCUUAUUCACGCUUAACAAGGAAGACCACACGCUUGGAAACAUCAUCCGCUCCCAGUUGCUGAAGGAUCCUCAGGUCCUGUUUGCCGGGUAUAAGGUGCCCCAUCCUCUGGAACACAAGAUUGUGAUCCGGGUGCAGACCACUCCGGACUACAGCCCUCAGGAGGCCUUUACCAACGCCAUCACAGAUCUG